AUGCAGUGCUGUUCAAAGCAGCCGAAGACCACUGAUGCAAUAUUUGACAUACUGGAGCCUUUUUCUUUGGACUGCUUGCCCGAAACGCCAGAUGAAAACUUUACACGAAACAGCACGUCCAAUUUGUUAUUCAACAGGCCAAAAAAGUCACGACCCAAAGACACUGUCCGUGCCAUCUGUUUAGAAGAAGAUUCCAAGAGAAAUGACGCAUCGCUCUUCGAGACUCCUAAAAAUGAUGAUUCCUUUCAAAGUCCGGACACAUUCUCCUGGGAGGACAGUGGCUUUGGCACUUUGGAGGUAGAUGACACACACAAUUCCUAUAUGGGACUUGAUGGUUCAUUCCAGGAGCUGUUGUUGCACUCAGCCUCCAGGAAAAAAGAUUAUCUGAACCAGAGCGAAUCAACUGUGACGCCCAGACUCGAGCACAGACUCUCCACGCUUCGAGAUGAAGGUUCCCAGCCUGAAGAGGCCAUCUCAGAAACUGAAUCUGCACCUGGUCACCUACAGCCCGAGCUCAAUAUACGAAAAGUCUACAUCGGAGGGAAACAUGAUAAGCACUUCCUUGAGAAGACUGUACCCAAGACCAGUUCAGAUGCGGACCUGUCCUUAGUGCCAGCAUUGCAGGUGGUGCAUGCCAAAUUCCGGUGGAGUGCCAUGUUGGCUGAGCAAAAGGACGUGGAGGGCACCCAGCCUUUGAGGAUGACCAUGCCUUUAGUGGGGUUAAUCGGGAAGAAGAUGGGCCUGGAAAGGCUGGAUAUCCUGUCGGAGCUGAAGAAGAGAAACCUUACACACAUUUUUACAAGGAUAAUAAAUAUGUUGUCUUGUGAAGAUAUAUGUAGAUUUGGCCUGGUGUCAGAUUUCUGGAAUGAAAUGGUUGUACAAGACAAAAUGGCAUUUCAAAGGCGAAGAUCAUUCUUGAAAAUGCAGCAGAUGUCACUUCAGCUGGCCACUGUCCCCGAUGCAGCGACGAGGUUGAAUCGCCCGUGCAGGUCUCCUCUCAUGUCUGUCCAAGCACAGGCCAAGACUCCUCACUCUCACACCCCUUUGCCUGGAAAUGGCAGUUUUACCAUAGUGAAGCACGGUGUUAAACACUCAGCCAGUAAACGGGAGGAGUUCCUAGAGGUAGCCAAAACCCUCUUUAAUGAUGAGUGUCUUCGGCCAUGCCCAAGGUGCCAGCAUCCUGCCAGAUGCCACUCCAUUAAGAGAGAAGGUGUGUGCAGCUGGGGAGACUGUGGCUUUCAGUUUUGCACUGGGUGUCUAUGCACCUACCAUGGUUCCAAAGACUGUGGCGGCUGGUCUUUCAAGCACUGUGACAGGAAGGAAGUGCUGGCUGGAAGCACUCAAAGCAAACACAACCUGAGGAGACUAUAA